UUAUUUUCCAAAAAUAAAAUUAUUUUGAAGAAGAAUAAAAAUCUUCAACAGCUUCUAUUCCCUUUCAUCUCUUCAAGUCAAGACGUUAAACCACACUUAGCAACCACCGUCGUCGUUUUCCUCCGCAGUCUCAGCCUCUGCCGCAGGCUGCUCCUCCGUCUUCGCCGGUUUAUAUAGUUUCUAAGGUUUGCUUUGACUAAAAGCAAUGCCGGCACAGAAGCGUUCUCACGACGAGGCUCUCCAAGAGAUUGAGAUAAACAGCGAGGAGCAACCUAAAGAUGAAGUCGAAUCGGAUCAAAACCGUUCAUCUGACAGCGAAGAAGAAGAAGAAGAAGAAUAUGUGGCUAUAAAAUUGUCAGAUGUACGCAAAGAAGUUCAGUGUCCUAUCUGCCUUGGCAUCAUUCGAAAAACAAGAACCGUAAUGGAAUGCCUGCAUCGCUUUUGCAGAGAGUGCAUAGACAAAUCCAUGCGCCUUGGUAACAAUGAAUGUCCUACUUGCCGCACACAUUGUGCUAGCCGACGCUCACUGAGAGAUGAUCCGAACUAUGAUGCCUUGAUUGCUGCUAUCUAUCCAGAUAUUGACAAGUAUGAGGAAGAGGAAUUGGCUAUGCAUGAGGAUGAGAUGACUCGCCAUAAGCAGAUCCAAGCAUCCAUUGCCCAAACGCAUCAACGGCAAUCAGAAGCAUUGAGUAAGAAACGAAAUGCCAAAGCAACAGCAGUGGCUUUUAUGAGAUCACAAGGCAACUAUCGAGCUUCACAUCCAAGACGCCGAAGAAACUUUAGAAAUGCAGGUGACUUUCAGGUAUCCAAUGACAAUGAAGGUAUGCAUGAUAAUGAUGGAGGAAAGGACUUAUGUUCCGACGAUGGGCAGACAGAAACCCAGCCAAGAAGAUGCAAAAGAGGCGGAGAACAAGAAACACAAUUUCCUCAGCAUUCUGCCUCUACUGAUCCAGAUGGAGUUGGUGAUGAAAUUACUCCAGAAGUAAAUAGAGAAAUCAUAAGUGCAUCUGGUACACUUUCGUGGGGAAAAAAUGGUCACCGAAGUCACAGCCGAGUUAAUGGAAAGAAUGCCAAAAACAAUCGCAUCUCCAGAUUGGUUGAACAUAUUCGUAACUCGGCAGCAAAUGAUUAUGAGCUGUCUGUCUUUCUCAAGCUUGUCUCAUUGGAUGAGCAAAGAAUACGAAGUUUGGACGAGCCAUGCCUUACUUGCAAGCCUACUACGUCAGUCAAGAUACUGUGCAAGCAUGUUGCAAAUGAAACUGCACUGCCUGCGGAUGAAGUUGAAUUAUGGUUGGUAUUAAAGCCACAAGUUAGCAUUGUAGGAGGUGAAAGAACCAUUGAUCCAGACAAAGAUAUUUUUCGUGUUCUAGGAGACCAAGAAACAUUGGCUGAAUUGCUGGCCACUUAUGAAAAUACCAGCCGUGGUUAUCUGGUCAUGGCUUACAAGAGGAAGUUGCAGAAUUCAGACACGGUUGGGUUAAGCUAAAUGAUGAACCGUCAUCCGAGUCCUUCUUUGCCAAGCGCAUAGUUAUACAAAAUAUCUCAGAUAGUUUUAGUUUAUCCUUUAUUUUAAUACUUUUCUCAUGUUACAGAAAAAGGGGUUAAACCCUUUUUUUAAGCGCACAGUAAAUUAGAACCACAGGUGCACAUUUGCCAAACCUCAGGUUUCUUAAAAUCGUCACAAAUAUUUUGGGGCAACACAUAUUUAUCUCCUGAAAAUGUGUUUUCUGUUCACUAA